AUGGUUGAGGAUAAGAGGAGGCACUUCUCUGAGGCACGAGACGGGCGUGAUCGACGAACAUCAUCAGGCCCAUUCUUUGGCUAUCGAGGGCUGCACCACUACCUAAACGCCCGAGCGUUGAAAGUAUAUCUGAAGGACGCAGUCGCGAUAUCAAACUCCCUAGAUGGCAGCCUGACGAAGACAUCUCGAACUGCCCAAUUUGCGGAACAAGCUUUACAUUCUGGUAUCGUAAACACCAUUGCAGGAAAUGUGGACGGGUAG